AUGGAGUGUGACACGGGUAGCGCCGUAUCUUGUAUAAGUUACAAAUUUUAUAAACAUAAUUUUAGUGAUUUACCUAUCAGCAAAUGUAAUGUUUUACUUAGAUAUUACACAGGUGAAAUAGUUCGUCCGGUGGGGGUGGCUACGCCACUAGUGAGGUAUAAAAAUACACAAAAAAAAUUAAAUUUGUUCAUAAUCAGAGAUGGUAAAACCGUUCUUUUGGGUCGACAGUGGUUAGCCGAACUUAAAAUUCAACUACCAGUGUUUCAGUAUCACGAUGUAAACAAUGUUAAUUAUAAGGAUUUUGACGAAAGUAAUUUUAUGUAUAGAUUCAGUGAAGUAUUUGCGGAUGGGCUUGGACGGUUCAGCGGCGGGCGGGUUAGCAUCCACCUGCGGCAGGGGGCGCGGCCGGUGUUCAUGCGCGCGCGUCCUCUGGCGUAUGCGCUGCGGGAACCGGUGGAGCGAGCGCUCGAGCAGCUGGUGCGAGACGGCGUCCUCACGCCGGUGGAGCGCUCCGACUGGGCCACACCCAUUGUACCCGUUCUCAAAAAGGAUGGUAAUAUUAGAAUAUGCGCUGAUUAUAAAUUAACACUGAAUAAAGUACUAGAAGUCGACCGUUAUCCCUUGCCACGCAUAGAUGAUUUGUUAUCGCGUUUACAUGGCGGUGAACGUUUCAGUAAGAUUGAUUUAUCUCAGGCGUACGCUCAGUUGGAGCUUGACGAAUCAAAAAAGUAUACGGUUAUCAAUACACAUAAGGGUUUAUACAUGUACAAUCGACUAGUUUACGGCUUGUCGUCGAGUCCAGGAAUUUUUCAAAAACACUUAGAAGAAUUAUUGACAGGGUUACCGAACGUGGGUGUAUUUUUAGAUGACGUAAUUAUAACGGGUCCUGAUAGUCGUAGUCACAUAAAAAAUUUAUAUAAAGUGUUCUAG